AGUGGGCAAGCUUUGCAAAGAUCUUUCAGUGAAGUUUCAGUUCAGAGUUGGGCGGUAAGCUAGCGCGAUGAAGCACUAUAGUUUUGCAGCACUAGUCAUGCAAGGCAUCGCAUUGGUGAGCUGCGCUACGGUCCCUCCAUCUCCAAGGUGCAAGGAUCAAGACGGACAGGACGUGGAUUGGUUCAUUAUCUACAAGCUUCCCCGCAUGCAGACUUUCGAACAAAACUCCUUCACGCCCGAAGGAGGCGAGUUCGCCUACAUUGAUUCGCGCAGUACCCAGGAACCGCUACGCUACUGGCCUUUAUCGGCGCAGGAUUUGUACCAACCAAAGAACCCUGUCGCCCUCACACUGGCCCCACUCUAUGAAAACACUACGAGAAAGGAUAUCCUAUACUUUGUCUACAAUGACCAGCCGCCAUCAAUCUACAGCGGAACUCGCAACGGACACUGCAAAGGUGUCGUCCUGUUCGAUGACAAUGUUGGCGUAUGGCUGCUGCACAGCGUGCCAGGGUUCGUUGAAGGACUGCUGAGUGGACAGUACAGCUUUCCGGAGUCAGCCAGAGAGAACGGUCAGACGUUCAUGUGCGUCACUUUCCCCACGCCGCAAGUGAACACGAUUGCGAGGCUUCUGCGAACCGAGUAUGCCAACGUGUACGCCCGCCAGGUGCCGCAGGCUAUGAAGGAUAAGUACCCCGAGGUAGAGCUGCUGGCCAAGGACAGCUUCGUCCGGGCUCGGGACCAGAAGCUCUACAUCGCCAACCUGACCAGCGACGAUGGUCUCUUUCUACGGGCCUAUGCAAAAAGAGCAACGUUAGAUGAUGAUCUGUACUCUGGAGUGCUCGCCAACGACCUGAAGGGCGACCUUGCGGUGCAGUCUUGGAGGAAUGGUGCUGGAGAAAAGCUUCCGCCGGCCUGCGACUCCAGCUACACUGUGGUCAAUAUUGAUGCUGUCCUUAUGAGGUUCGCCGCGAACAACUCGGUCACAUUCAAUACCACCGAGGAUCACAGCAAGUGGGCAAUUACCAUCGACAGAGACGUGUUCUGCUUCGCUUCCAUGAAUCGUAUGGGAUCGCAAGAAACACGUGGCGGGGAGGCAUUGUGCUUCAGCAACGGCGUGGUGCAGGCUCUUUUCCGACGCAGUGCCAUCGUCAAUGAAGAAUGCCCCGCAUAG